UAUCAGAUUCUUAGGAUUCCUGUCAUGGGUUCUUUCUUAGGGCAUGUGUAUCCUGGAUUAGGGUUUAUGUUCAUAGGACUGUGGCAUCUGUUCAACACAAUCAGAAACUAUGUGACAUGCCCAUGGGACUUUAGAACAAGAACAUGGUUUCCAACCAGAUUUAAAGGCAGAUUCCUCAAGUAUCUGGAGCUGCUAGGCAUCAUAGCAGGCUCAUGCCUAUCCAUUUCCUUAGAGCUGUUCAUAAUGCCAGCAAAACACCAGCCUCUAGCAGAGGACUGGUCCAUCCCUGUAGUACACCUUAAGAACUUUGAGCACUCCACCAUAUCAUUUUUUUUCAUCCUCUAUGCCACUGUGGCUAUCUACAUGGAAACCCACAAGUUACACAUGGCAGAGGGAAUGCUCCAUGUCAUAGCAGCCCUCGUCUUUAGUCAGGAGUUGUUCAUAUUCCACCAGCACUCCACUGAUCACAUGGGACUAGAGGGCCACUAUCACUGGCUUCUACAGCUUAUUAUCAUGGUGGGUCUCUUGUCUAUUGUUUUGGAGCUUCAGCUCCCCUAUAGUUUUGUGGCUUCCAUGGUGAGGUCUGUGUCAAUUCUAUUUCAGGGAUUGUGGCUCUUACACAUGGCUUUUAUGCUCUGGAUUCCUGCCUGUAUUCCAGAGGGCUGUGAAAUGCAGCAUGAUUGGGAUUUGGGUCAUGGUGCUGUCUUCUGUUUGGAUGAAAAGGCCACCCUCAGGGCUAAAGCUCUGGCUAAUUUGCAGUUCAGUUGGUAUUUGGCCUUCCUGCUUAUGUUCACAAUGGGCAUGUAUAUCAGCAUGUUGAGAUUCUAUGGUGAAAAUGGUAUUUAUAAGCCUGUUAAUGGAGUUGAUAAUAAGGUGUUUGAGAUGGGUGAGGAGCAGGGGGGACAUUCACAGAGCUCUAUGGAUUUGGUGAUUGACCAUGAUGAAGAGAAUUUGGGUAUAGAAAGAUGAUGUUUGCUGGUUUACAAUCAUUCAUCAGUUGUUUGUAGUUUUAUUUGGUGUGUACAUAGUUUGUACGAUCAUUUGGAUGGUGUUUCAGGAUUCUUUGUUUGUUUGGAACUUUGGAAAAUGUUUUUGUGUAUACUUUUGCAAUGGAGGGCUUCUUUGUAUUUGUGCAGUAAAUUUUUCAUUAGCUCAGCAAUAUGAGAAUUUGAAAACAACAAUAAGUGAGUCUCAAAUCAAUUUAUUUUGAUUUAAUUGGUGGCUAUGUUUUGUUGUUUGGUGGUCCAAACAACUAGUUCACUUGGUUUGUAAUGGAGUUGUAAAAUACUUAA